CGAGAAAAUCCAUCUCAGCUAGACUAGCCCACACUCCACAGCUCUUCUCCAGAACACAGCUUUGCUCUCCGCCGGUUUCUGCUCAAGUGGAGAGGCCCGUCAGCUCGAUCGGCUCCAGGAUCAUGGACGACGGCGCAAGACCGGCGCCCAACCACAAGAGGCACCUCCCACUGCAGGAGGCGGGCGGUGAGCUCGUGGAGCUGCUGUGGCAGGACGGGGCCAUCGUAGCGCAGGCGCAGGCCCAGACGCCGCACCGGCGGUGCCCCCAGAGCGGCGCGGCCAGCGGCGUCACCGCGGAGGACGCGGCCGCGUGGUUGAUCCCGGACGGCGGCGGCGGCAGGGACCUGUACUCGCACCUCUGGCACGGCGUCGCCGACGGGGACGCGGGCGCGCUCGUGGCGGGAAGCGGCGCCGGGACGAGCUUCUGCGGGAGCAACGCGGUGACGGCGCCGGCGCUGCUACCGUCGCCGGAGGAGGAGCCGGGCUCGUCUUCGGCGGGAGGCCAAGCGCUACUGUCUAAGAGGGGGAGGGACGAACUGGGUAGCCGCCGCGAGGAUGCCGACGACUGUGAGGCCGUCAAUGAGACCCGGCCGCAGCGGCCGGCGGCAAAGCGAAGGACUCGUGCUGCCGAGGUCCAUAACCAAUCAGAGCGGAAAAGAAGGGAUCGGAUCAACGAAAAGAUGAAAGCAUUGCAAGAGCUCGUACCCCAUUGCAACAAGAGCGACAAGGCGUCCAUCCUAGACGAAGCAAUCGAGUACUUGAAGUCUCUGCAACUGCAAGUUCAGAUCAUGUGGAUGACUACUGGGAUGGCGCCCAUGAUGUACCCUGGUGCCCACCAACUCAUGCCGCCGAUGGCCAUGGGCUUGAACUCAGCCUGCAUGCCCGCGACGCAGAGCCUUAGCCAGCUGCAAAGAAUAGCACCGUUUAUGAACCAUCAUCUCCCAAAUCAAAUGCCUAGGGUCCAAUCUCCAGCUAUCGAUUCCCUCAAUGUGGGAAACCAGAUGCAAAACAAUGGUGUCUGUGGUGAGCCAAGAAACCCUUUCCUGCACCCAGACGACACACUAACAGCAGCAUCUCAGCUGCCGGAUAUGUUUCCCUAUGCAUCUCAAAAGGCACAACAAAACCAGAAUCAUCAGUUACUGCCGAACACUGACAUGCCAGCUUCAGGACCCUGCCCGCCAUCUUUUGCUGACGGAACAGGAACAUAAGGCCAGGCAGUUUCAAGCAAGAUGAUUUACUGGGGGGGUGGAUACAGGAGGUCAGAGCAAAAUGGUCCUAGAAGAAGAAGAAGAGAUAUGAUAUGAUACCAAGACGCUGUGUGCUGUAAGACCAGGGGAAGAUCAUGCAACACUGAGCCUUCGUGGCACCACUAAGCAACCAACACGUAUGGGCCCGAGAUCAUGCUGAUAGCAGAUACUAUUCUUAUCUGAAGAAUAGUCUUGAGCAUCACCUUUCUGUUUAUGGAAGGAUUUGGUCCAUGGGAGAUGAACUUGGGCUUGACAGGGACAACAAAAGAUGCUUCUGCUGAUAUGCUGCAGAUCUGGAGAUGACAUUGUUGGAGCCAGCAUCAGCACAGGGACACAACUUGGGCAGUUCUGCUCGGCUUUCCGCCGAUGUAACUCCACUGGUGAGACCUAAUAGGACUGUCCUGUUACCUGCGGUCCACGAUUCAGCUAUCGAUAUAAACAAGGGCAGGCAGAAACUUGUGCUUUUCGGACACCAUUGUAGAUCAGGUUUGCAUAUGCCUUUGAGAAUUCAGACAAGUGGCACAUGAAGAUCAUUCUCAUUCAUCAGGAUUGCGAGAUUAUCGGCUUAUUUUGUGUUCGUCUUACCCUUAACCCUGGAAAGAUUGUACCACAUGUGGUGAUGCCCUGUUACAAGUUAAUCAGGACUGUGACGGUCAUCAUCCGUUUCGUCACAGAGUAAUUAGUCUCUGAAAUUAUCAAUGCAGCUCCAUGUUUAUUGUGCUAAUUGUGAGUCAGCUUCAGUCGCCGUCAGUCGAGACUGGGACUUUGCUUUGCAUUUAUACGUCGAGAUUUGGUUGUCAUGCUCAAGUAUUUAUGCGUAUUGCAGCGAUUGAUGUAGAUGCUUGGCAAUUUGGAGGACAGAUAUACACAUUCUCUGCGUUUUGCUCU